GGCCGGGCGCCGGGUUCCCGCCUCUGCCGCCGCCUCCCCAGCUGCCCCCGCUGGGCGCGGGCCUGGGGACCGUGGAUGAAGGUGACUCUCUGGAUGGCCCGGAAUACGAGGAGGAAGAGGUGGCCAUCCCGCUGACCGCGCCUCCGACGAAUCAGUGGUAUCAUGGAAAACUUGAUAGAACUAUAGCAGAAGAACGCCUCAGGCAGGCAGGGAAGUCUGGUAGCUACCUUAUAAGAGAGAGUGAUCGGAGGCCGGGGUCCUUUGUACUUUCGUUUCUUAGCCAGACAAAUGUUGUCAGCCAUUUCAGGAUUAUUGCCAUGUGUGGAGAUUACUACAUUGGAGGAAGACGGUUUUCUUCACUGUCAGACCUAAUAGGUUAUUACAGUCAUGUUUCUUGUUUGCUUAAAGGAGAAAAAUUACUUUAUCCAGUUGCACCUCCAGAGCCAGUAGAAGAUAGAAGGCGUGUUCGAGCCAUUCUACCUUACACAAAAGUACCGGACACUGAUGAAAUAAGUUUUUUAAAAGGAGAUAUGUUCAUUGUUCACAAUGAAUUGGAAGAUGGAUGGAUGUGGGUUACGAAUCUCAGAACUGAUGAACAAGGCCUUAUUGUUGAAGACCUAGUAGAAGAGGUGGGCCGGGAAGAAGAUCCACAUGAAGGCAAAAUAUGGUUCCAUGGGAAGAUUUCCAAACAAGAAGCUUAUAAUUUAUUAAUGACAGUUGGCCAAGUCUGCAGUUUUCUUGUGAGGCCCUCAGAUAAUACUCCUGGUGAUUAUUCACUUUAUUUUCGGACCAAUGAAAAUAUUCAGCGAUUUAAAAUAUGUCCAACACCAAAUAACCAAUUUAUGAUGGGAGGCCGGUAUUAUAACAGCAUUGGAGACAUCAUAGAUCAUUAUCGAAAAGAGCAGAUUGUUGAAGGGUAUUAUCUUAAGGAACCUGUACCAAUGCAGGAUCAGGAACAAGUGCUCAAUGAUGCUGUAGAUGGAAAGGAAAUCUAUAAUACAAUUCGUCGUAAAACAAAGGAUGCUUUUUAUAAAAAUAUUGUGAAGAAAGGUUAUCUUUUGAAGAAGGGCAAAGGAAAACGUUGGAAAAAUUUAUAUUUUAUUUUAGAGGGUAGCGAUGCCCAGCUUAUUUAUUUUGAAAGUGAAAAACGAGCUACAAAACCAAAAGGACUAAUAGAUCUCAGUGUAUGUUCUGUCUAUGUUGUUCAUGAUAGUCUCUUUGGCAGGCCAAACUGUUUUCAGAUAGUAGUUCAGCACUUUAGUGAAGAACAUUACAUCUUUUACUUUGCAGGAGAAACUCCAGAACAAGCAGAGGAUUGGAUGAAAGGUCUGCAGGCAUUUUGCAAUUUACGGAAAAGCAGUCCAGGAACAUCUAAUAAACGCCUUCGUCAGGUCAGCAGCCUUGUUUUGCAUAUUGAAGAAGCCCACAAACUCCCAGUAAAACAUUUUACUAAUCCAUAUUGUAACAUCUACCUGAAUAGUGUCCAAGUAGCAAAAACUCAUGCAAGGGAAGGGCAAAACCCAGUAUGGUCAGAAGAGUUUGUAUUUGAUGAUCUUCCUCCUGACAUCAACAGAUUUGAAAUCACUCUUAGUAAUAAAACAAAGAAAAGCAAAGACCCAGAUAUCUUAUUUAUGCGAUGCCAGUUGAGCCGGUUACAGAAAGGGCAUGCCACAGAUGAAUGGUUUCUGCUCAGCUCUCACAUACCGUUAAAAGGUAUUGAACCAGGAUCCCUGCGUGUUCGAGCACGGUAUUCUAUGGAAAAAAUUAUGCCAGAAGAAGAGUACAGUGAAUUUAAGGAGCUUAUACUGCAAAAGGAACUUCAUGUAGUAUAUGCCUUAUCACAUGUAUGUGGACAAGACCGAACACUACUGGCUAGCAUCUUACUGAGGAUUUUUCUUCAUGAAAAGCUUGAAUCCUUGUUGUUAUGUACACUAAAUGACAGAGAAAUAAGCAUGGAAGAUGAAGCCACUACCCUAUUUCGAGCCACAACACUCGCAAGCACCUUGAUGGAACAGUAUAUGAAAGCCACUGCUACACAAUUUGUUCAUCAUGCUUUGAAAGACUCCAUCUUAAAGAUAAUGGAGAGUAAACAGUCUUGUGAGUUAAGUCCAUCAAAGUUAGAAAAAAAUGAAGAUGUGAACACUAACUUAGCACACUUAUUGAACAUCCUUUCAGAGCUUGUGGAGAAAAUAUUUAUGGCUUCAGAAAUACUUCCACCGACACUGAGAUAUAUUUAUGGGUGUUUACAGAAAUCUGUUCAGCACAAGUGGCCUACAAAUACCACCAUGAGAACAAGAGUUGUUAGUGGUUUUGUUUUUCUUCGGCUUAUUUGCCCUGCCAUCCUGAAUCCACGGAUGUUUAAUAUCAUCUCAGAUUCUCCAUCUCCAAUUGCUGCAAGAACACUGAUACUAGUGGCUAAAUCUGUGCAGAAUUUAGCAAAUCUUGUUGAAUUUGGAGCUAAGGAGCCUUACAUGGAAGGUGUCAAUCCAUUCAUCAAAAGUAACAAACAUCGUAUGAUCAUGUUUUUAGAUGAACUUGGGAAUGUACCUGAACUUCCGGACACUACAGAACAUUCUAGAACUGAUUUGUCACGUGAUUUAGCAGCACUGCAUGAAAUUUGUGUGGCUCAUUCAGAUGAACUUCGAACACUUAGUAAUGAACGUGGUGUACAGCAGCAUGUACUGAAAAAGCUCCUGGCUAUAACAGAACUGCUUCAACAAAAACAAAACCAGUACACAAAGACAAAUGAUGUCAGGUAGCAGCUUUCAUCCUGGUGUCCUGCAUGGAUUCAGCAUGCCCUUCAUGGUAAUUCACAUCAGUAUAUUUCCUUUGCUCUUGCCAAAAAAUAGCACACCUUUCCACAUUCCAGUGAUGUGUGAGCUAUGCAAACAAAACCCAAGAUUCUGCUGGUGAAUAAUGGACCAGCAACUUUGUAAGCUAUCUGUGCAGGAUAUUUGCACUUUUUCCACUUGGAAUCUUUACCAAACUCUGAGCCUUGGUGUACAGAUCACCUUUCACAAAAAAAAAAAAAAAGAAAGAAAAAAAAAAGAAGCUACAACUGUGUCUUGAACUAUGAGAAUAUAUUUUCAGUACAUCCAAUUGCCAAAGUUUUGCUGUCUCUUGGAAAAAGAACUAUGAAAUCAACUGACAAGGAAAAACAUUCUCUAUUAACAACUGAGUAUAACUGGAUUGCGGACUGUUAUUACUACUUCUUGAUUGAGAAUAUGACCAUUUGACUGUUCAAUGACUUUAUUUGUAUUUACAGUUUCCAGAGUUUGCCAUUCUAAUCGGAACAAUCUUUGCUGUAUACUUUUUUAAAAAUACUGUGCUACUUUUUCUGGAACUGUUAAAAUAUUCAGAAUGGAUCUAUUGUUCAUCAGCUUUAUUUUUAAACAUACCACUUAUUUUGUUGAAUUGUCAAAGACUGUAUUUAGAUCUCAUAAUGCUUUUUGUUAAAUGUUUACAACAGUAAAUAAGUUUGAAUUCAAUAAAUAUUAUUGGUCUUCGUAUUGAUCACUGCAUGUUACCUUUUCAGCCACUUUCUACAUUGCCAAUUUCUUUUAUGUAAAACACAAACUAAAAUGCUUUUGUUAAUUAAUUCUCAUCAGUUUGUGUUUGUGCUAUCCAUUUCAUUAUACAACUUCAUCAACCACUUAACUUACCCAUCUUUGAAUUUGACUACUUGUUAUUAUCUGCUGGAUAUUUAGUUUGUAUAGUUUUAUUUGCUUCUGUGUGUGUAUGUGUAUUUUUGUGAAAUAUUCACAGGGUUAAGUUAAAAUAAAACCAAGGGAUAUCUUGCA